AUGUAUGAGAUGGGGUGGCACGUACCCCAAGAUUACAUGGAAGCUAUCAAGUACUAUACUUGUGCCGCCAAUCAAGGGGCUCAGGACGCACAAUAUCGCCUGGGUCUUAUCUAUCUCUGCGGAAAACUUGAUGUAAAUGUAAACUACAGAGAAGCUUUUUCCUGGUUCCAGAAAGCCGCUGAAACAACUGCGUUUGUGCCUAAACUUACUUGGCUUGAUGGUGCUAUACCUAAGGACGAAAUGUAUAGCCGUGACAAGGCUGAACAUUAUCUGGGUAAAAUUUACUUAUUUGGACUAGGCGGAGCUCCAGCCAAUCCAGAUCUGGCUCUGCAUUGGUUUACAAAGUCAGCAGAGAGCGAAAAUGCUUUAUCUCAAUAUGAUUUGGCUCUUUUAUACUAUGAGGAGGACGGCUCCCCAGAAAGUAGAAAUUUAAGUCUGGAAUGGAUACAAAAGGCAGCUCUUAACAACCAUACUGAAGCUCAAUACAUAAUGGGUAUUUAUAACUAUUUUGGAAGAGACAAUGAGAAGGACGGCGAUCGUGCAAGAUACUGGUUUAAUAGAGCUAUUAAAACAAAUGGACACCCAGAAGCUUGGAAAUGCAUAAUCGCUAUGGAUAGAAAACAACGAGUGGAAUGUAGUAACAGUCCGUUUUUUAGACAUAUAAAUCAAGCAAUAGCCUCUACUAGUGACGACAAUGAAACUGAUGAUGAAAGCUCUUCUGAAAUAAGUGUUUCUGCAUCAAGUAAUUGUGAAACCGAAGAAAACGAAGUUUCUCAGCAAAAUUCCGCCCAAAACUCAUUGCAAGAACUCAAAAACCAAGCGGAGCAAGGUGACUCCGAUGCUCAAAACAGAUUAGGUGAAGAGUUGCGAGACAAUCAAGAGGACAAACAUCAGUCCUUUACUUGGUUUUUAACAUCGGCUAAUAAUGGUAAUGCUCGUGGUCUAUAUAACUUGGGUAAUUGUUUUUAUGAGGGAGUUGGAGUACAAAAGAGCCAUAGCAAUGCUUUUGAAUGGUUUCAAAGCUCCGCAAAAAAAGAUGAUAGAGAUGCACAGUUUAUGUUGGGUGAAUUUUAUCGUCACGGUUACGGGAGCUUGUCCGUUGACUAUGAUUUGGCUCAAUCUUGGUAUUUAAAAUCCGCUCGUCAGGGCCAUGGUAAGGCUCAAUGUGAGCUCGGCAAUUUGUACUUGCUUGAAGACUAUAAGGAUAAAGAUAUGUCUGCAGGCUUUUUUUGGUAUUCAAAAUCUGCGAAACAAGGUAAUUCUGAUGCGCAGUACAAAGUUGGUGUAUGUUAUGUCGAAGGAUUUUUCGUCCAAAAAGAUUAUCAUAAAGCACGCGCAAAAUUCUUGUUAGCAAUUGAAAAUGGCAAUAUGGAUGCCUUGCUUUCUAUUGGAAUGAUGUAUCAAAAAGGAUUAGGCGUUUCUAUAGACUAUAAAGAGGCUCUGAAGUAUUACGAAGCUGCCGCUGAAAAGGACUAUGAUAAAGCUCUCUUGAGUAUCAACAAUUUGAAAGAUAUUAUGCGCAAAGCAAGUGACGAUCAGAAAACCGUUUUCAGGAGUGGUACAGAGCAGUUUUUCCAUGUAGGCGAAUUGAUAAAUGCACUCCCUGAAACGAAUAAAAUUAUCGAAUCUUCCAACGAAAAAGAUAGUAUUAUUGAAGAAAGAAGGGAAUCCGCCGUUUUCCUUCACAUCGAUGACAGAAAACAAUCCGCGAUUUUCCUUCACGUUGAGGGAAAAAACCAAUCCGCAGUUUUCCUUCACGUUGAAGAUCAUAGUGUUAAAGUUAAAAAAGACACAGAAAAUCCGACCAAAACUAAAACUAUAGAUGUUACAAAAUUCAGUGCUUACAAAAAAGAAGAAGAAUCAGCAAAGUUCUUUCAUGUUGACAACAAGGAAGGGCAUCUGACAUACGCAAGAGAACAGUCGGCUGUACUUAUGCACGUAGACGAUACAAGUUUAAAUGAUUCCGAAAAGAAGGAACAGUCAGCCGAAUUUCUUCAUAUCGAAAAUGUAGGAAUUAGCAUUACUGAAAAAAGUAUUGCUGAAGGCGAGAGUCUUAUUGUUCCUAAAAGAGUAGAAGUAGCCCCAAGAAAUCCUUUAAUCGAGAUACUCUUCAUAAAAUUGAACCAGUCAAAGAAUGAAGUAUCACUUGAGGAAGUUGAUGUCGAAGAUGUUGAUGACACAUUAAUUAAAGACAAGUUGACAUGUGGUAAGUGCCAUAAGACGUUCAACUCGAGAUCAUCCCUGCUCAAGCACUUGAAGGUCAAACACCAUGUUGUAAUCGUUGGUGUCAAGCAUGGGCGUCCUGACCAAGGUGGAAGGCUUGCAUACUGUAUCCGCCAGCAGCAAAAGAAGGCCGAUAUAAAUUCCGUUUUGAGAGUCGACGAAAAAAAACUUAAGAAGCAAAUAAGGAAACAAAUCAGUUAUGACCUCGAUCACGACAAUGAGGCGGUAAAAGCCAAGAAGAGAGCUGAGUGGGCUAUGUUGGAGAGUAAGGACCUUCUUGAAAACCUUAAGGUUUUAUGGGAUACGUCUGAUGGUGUAUGGAGACCAGAUUUUGCCUAUGUACAAUAUAUUGAAGAUGUCUCUCCCAUUUACCAAUAUCUCAUCACCAAACUAUGUUUGGAAGAUUCAUAUGUAUGAAAAUAUAGUGAGCCUAAAACAUAGGUAUUAAGUGAUCCAAAAAUACACUGUACAUGAG